AUGCCCAAAGAUUCCUCUCAACAACAAUCAUCGACUCCUCCAACGAUCGUGAGUGAACAAAUUCUGCGAAAGAAAGUUCGUCAAAUUGUCAAAGAACAAGAUGAUGAACAUCAAGUGUCGAUGAAAGCAGUACGAGAAAAAUUAGAGGAUGAUUUAGGAGUUUCUCUUUCGUCACAAAAAGAUGUAUUAAAGAAAAUUCUACAAGAAGAAAUAGACCAAAAGGAAGAAGAAGAAGAAGAAGAAAAAAAGAGAACUCACUCCGAAGUGGCACCAUCAACUAGUUCCGACGAACCAGUCACUAAGAAAUCAAAACAAGAAACAUCAGCUCCAAAAUAUGUAAAAGCAGAUAAUGGAGAUUAUGUCAUUAUGUUUACAGGAAAAAAGAGAAUUACAGUGAAUACAUAUAGAAGACAGAAAUAUGUUCAUAUUCGAGAAUAUUAUGAAGAUAAGCCUACAAAAAAGGGUAUUGCUAUGAGUCAGGAUGAAUGGGACAAGUUUAAAGAAUAUAUUGAUACCAUUGAUGAGAUGAUGCGAUUAGCCUAA